AUGUCUUCGCUUGAUCCAAAAAUUUACAACUUGUCGGAAAAAGUUGCCAACUUGCAUUACUUCAACUUGUUGCCUUUCAACGAGAAUGGCCAAGUUGAGACACGUGAAUUUCUUCAAAAGAUCGUCGAUAUUUUAAUGGACUAUGUUGAGUUGACAUUCAAUCGAGAAGAACCCGUCUUAGACUUUUAUCAACCUGAAAAUCUUCAUGAGAAGUUUGAUAUGAAAAUAUCGGAUGAAGGAUUUCCAUUACAACAAUUAAUCAUUGAUUGCGCAAGAACUUUGAAGCAUCAAGUAAAAAGUGGACAUCCACGAUUUAUGAAUCAACUCUCUAAUGGCUUAGACAUGGUAGCGAUGGCUGGUGAAUGGUUGACAGCUACAGCAAACUCAAACAUGUUCACUUAUGAAGUCUCGCCUGUUUUCAUUCUCAUGGAACAUGAAGUGUUGGCGAAAAUGAGAGAACUCAUUGGAUUUACUGUCGGAGACUCAAUUCUGGCACCAGGUGGUUCAAUUUGCAACUUGUAUUCGGUGCUUCUUGCAAGAUAUCACAAAUUUCCCGGAGUGAAACUCAAAGGAAGUGCAAUUCUUCCUGGAGAGUUGGUGAUCUUCACAUCGGAUCAAUGUCAUUACAGUAUCAAGACAGCAGCUGCUAUCACUGGCAUUGGAAUCCAUAAUUGCAUCUUUGUUCCUUCUGAUUUUCAUGGUCGAAUGAUUCCUGAAGAACUUGAACGGUUGAUUAAAGAACAAAAAGAGAAAGGAAAGAUUCCCAUUAUGGCAAUCGCUACUGCUGGUACAACUGUCUUAGGUGCAUUCGAUCCACUGGCUUCAUGGGGUGGUGGACUUUUAUUUUCUCAUAAGCAUCGUCAUCCACGAUUAACUGGAAUUGAAUUAGCUGAUUCCGUGACAUGGAACGCACAUAAAUUGAUGGGAUCAACAUUACAAUGCGCAACUUUCCAUACGAAACAUGAUGGAAUCUUAAAAGAUUGUGACAAAGUAUCAGCUGAAUAUUUAUUCAUGACUGAUAAAUUUUAUGACACUCAGUACGAUACUGGUGAUCGUGUGAUUCAAUGCGGUCGACACAAUGAUGUCUUUAAGUUGUGGUUACAAUGGCGUGCACGAGGAAAUGUUGGUUUUGAACGACGAGUUGACCAAUUUAUGGAUCUUGCGCAUUAUCAUGUUCAACGUUUAAAAGAGAAAAGUGAAACGUUUCAUCUUUUGAUGGACCCUGAGUUUGUUAACAUCUGUUUCUGGUACAUCCCAAAGCAUCUUCGAGGUACUCCACACAAUGAAGAGAAAACUGCUGCAAUGGGUCAAUUAUGUCCCAAAAUCAAAUCUCGAAUGAUGAAAGCGGGAACUUUAAUGGUUGGUUACACUCGCGAUGGCAGAGUUCCCAACUUUUUCCGAUCGGUCAUUUCAAACGAAGCUGUAACUGAGAAAGACAUCGACUUUUUGAUGGCUGAAAUCGAACGAUUAGGAGACGAUUUGUAAAUAAACGAAAAUAUUUUGUAAUCUUAAUGAAAUUGAAAUAAAAAAGAAAUUAUUUUAUUAUCUGAGAA